AUGUCAUUUUCCAGCUCCAAGGACAAGUCUGUUCUUGCUGUCUACAAAUUGGUCAAAGCGCCAAUCUAUUCUCAUUGCUUUUCCCAAGAUAAAUCCGUUUUGGCAAUUACAUGCGAAACAGAUUGUUUUGUCUACAAAGUCUCAGGCAAUACGCCUCCUGCUUUAUUUGCCACUUUGAAAGACCAUGACAAAACCAUCACCGCGGUGGACAUUUCUAUACAUGGACGUAUUGUGACCUGUUCUCAAGACCGUAAUGCUUACGUUUGGGAGCCAUUGAGUGACGGGUCCUACAAGCCCACUUUGGUGCUUUUACGUAUCAACAGAGCCGCUACUUCAGUCACAUGGGCACUAAGCGGGUAUAAGUUUGCUGUGGGAUCCAGUGCUAGAAUCAUUGCCGUUUGCUAUUAUGAGCACGAGAAUAAUUGGUGGGUAUCCAAGCACAUCAAGAAACCCAUCAAAUCUACCAUUAAUUGUCUAUCAUGGCAUGCCAAUGGAGUUCUAUUGGCUGCUGGUGGUACCGAUGGGUUCAUGCGUGUCUUCAGUGGGUUUAUUAAGGGCUUAGAUUCCAAGGAAUCUGUGAUCGGAUCACCUUGGGGCCAGAAAUUUCCUUUUGGUUGCUUAAUCAAGGAGUGGUACCAGGGUUCUUACAUUCAUGAUGUAGAGUGGAGAAGUCAAAUGGAAAGAAUUGCUUAUGUAGCUCACGAUGGUACUUUGAAUGUUGUCGAUUACCAAUCUUCAGUACAAUCGGUCAAUGCUCCGGAAGGGUUACCGUAUAGGUCUUUAGUAUGGAUCAACGAUCAUGAGAUUAUUUGUGGGGGUUACUCUUGCCAUCCGGUAUUGUUUAGCGAAGCCUCUGAAGGCUGGAAGUUCGCCAAGAAUCUAGACAAAGCCGACGGUGGCAAAUCAUCUGCCUUGACAGGGUCAGGCAACACUAACACAUUGGGUGGUGAUGAUGAAGAAAAUUCAACUUUUGGUAUAUCUGCAUUGAGAAAGUUCAAAGAAUUGGAUUUAAAAGGUAAAGUUAGCACCGAUGUUCAAGAAAGCGCGCACGAAAAUGCCAUUAUGGAAUUAAGACCUUUUGCAGAAGCCAAUGACCAGGUCACGCAAGUUUCUUCUUGUGGGCUAGACGGUAAGAUCGUCAUCUACACAAUUUAG